ACAUCAGACAUCAUACCGUGCGAUUGUUACUUGUUAGGGAUUACGAACUUAUUUGUCGCUUUUUAAUUAAAACGCUAGAAAUAAAUUCACAAACACACCCGUCUUAUUGGAUUCUUACGUUUAUGACAUUCGUUUCGAACGCGUAAAAAUUUACGUUUGUUUUCAUUUUUUCCAACGUUAAUGGGGUGCAUUUAUGAUGUAUUUCCAUUGACUGUCAAUAAUGUGCCGACACUCCAGUGACGUCUUACACUUAGGCUGUGGUUAAUGUUAGUUGUGUCUCAAGGUACGAACAAUCUAUGACCAUGUUCUCUUGGAUACGCAACAGGAGGCAAUUGACUAGACUUGUAGCGUGUGUGCUGAUUUGGUUUUUAUGAACAGACAAAAUAUAAUGUUUUGUUAGCUUGUCUUCCUAUCGUUCUUACCUCAGUGUGCAAAAUAUUAUAAUCCAUGUCAAAAAAAGGGAAUUCACAGGCUCCACAAUCCAGUAGCCAAGGCAUAGAUCAGUACGGUUUCGAAGACGAUGGACUGCCAGAUACUGUUGAUUGCCUGGGUGCAAGAGACAGCAGAACGAUACACGUCAACUCAGUUCAAAAUUACAAGUACUGUUCGAACUGUAUAUCCACGGCUAAGUACAGUAUACUGUCGUUCUUGCCCAUAUUUCUUUUCGAACAGUUCCGACGUUAUUCGAACUGCUUUUUCUUGCUUAUAGCGCUCUUGCAGCAAAUACCGGAAGUGUCUCCCACUGGUCGGUUCACAACGUUAGUACCAUUAUGUUUUAUUCUUUUAGUCUCUGCCCUUAAAGAAAUCGUCGAAGACUUUAAAAGACAUAGAGCGGACCGUGAAAUUAACCAUCGAAAAGUGGAAGUCUUAAAUAACGGUAUUUGGACGCCACAACGAUGGGAUCUCAUAAACGUAGGUGACAUUGUUAGAGUACAAAACAAUACGUUCUUCCCUGCCGAUCUUCUAAUACUUUCUUCCAGUGAACCACAAAGUAUGUGUUAUAUCGAAACAAUGAACCUAGAUGGCGAAACAAAUCUAAAAAUACGACAAGGUCUUCCAGAAACAUCGCGUUAUGUCGAUGCAAAUGAUCUCAUGCGCUUCAAAGGAGUAAUUGAGUGUGAGCUUCCAAAUCGGUUGAUCUACGAUUUUGCUGGCAGCUUAAAAUUAGUGGAUAGAGUUCCGUUGUCUUUGGGUCCUAACCAUCUGCUGUUGCGAGGUGCCAUGUUGCGUAACACAGCCUGGGUAUGUAGUGUAGUUAUAUACACUGGCCACGAAACAAAGCUCAUGAUGAAUCAGACUUCAGCACCUUUGAAAAGGUCAACAGUAGACAAAAUUGUUAACACCCAAAUCAUAAUGCUUUUCUUGUUGCUGUGUACAUUGUGUUUGAUAAGCGCGUUUUGCAACAUUAUUUGGACCAAACAAAAGGGAUCAAAAGACUGGUACUUACAAGUAGAUGAAUUUGUUACAUUCAAAUUUGCAUUUAAUUUACUCACUUUCUUUAUAUUAUUUAACAAUUUAAUUCCUAUUUCGUUGCAAGUAACUGUUGAGGUUGUACGUUUUAUGCAAGCAUUGUUUAUCAACAACGAUAUUGAAAUGUAUCACGAAGAAAGUAACACACCAGCUAUGGCUCGAACUUCAAAUUUAAAUGAAGAAUUGGGCAUGGUUAAGUAUAUUUUUUCUGAUAAGACUGGUACAUUAACUAGAAACGUUAUGGAAUUUAAACAUUGUUCAAUAGCCGGAGUACUUUACCUAGAAGGUUCUCAAAAGACCUUAAUAAAUAAUUCAAAAAACCAUCCAACACGAGACUAUGUUUUAGAAUUUUUAAGAAUGAUGUCUGUUUGUCAUACAGUUAUUCCAGAAAAGGUUAAAGACUCAAAUGAAAUUCUAUACCAUGCGUCAUCUCCAGAUGAGCAAGCGCUGCUAAAAGGAUGUCAAUUAUUUGGCUAUGUGUUCCAUACUCGUACUCCAAGAGCAGUCACUAUUUCAGCUUUGGGCAUCAAUGAGGUAUAUGAAGUGUUGACUGUUAUUGAGUUUACCAGCGCUAGAAAGAGAAUGUCCGUGAUUGUACGUGCACCUAAUAAAAAGAUUUAUCUUUAUUGCAAAGGUGCAGAUACAGUUAUUUUUGAACGUCUUUCAAGAGCGGGUGAAGAGUACAAAGACAUAACAUUGAAGCAUCUUGAAGAAUUUGCAAAUAAUGGUUAUCGUACAUUGUGUUUUGCUUAUGCCGAGAUUUCUGAACACACCUACUCAGAUUGGAAUGAAGAAUUUUUGAAAGCGGGUAAUGUUCUUACAAAUCGAGAAGGUGCUAUAGAUGAGGUUGCCAAGUUAAUUGAAGUAAAUCUCAUUUUGCUUGGGGCGACAGCCGUUGAAGACAAAUUACAAGAUCAAGUACCAGAAACCAUUGCAGCUCUAAUAAAAGCGGAUAUCAAUGUUUGGGUAUUGACUGGAGAUAAGCAAGAAACUGCCAUUAAUAUUGGAUUCUCAACAAAUUUGAUUACACAAGGAACUCCUUUAAUUAUACUCAAUGAGCCUACAUUGGAUGAACUUAGAGAAUCGCUACGACAGCACAUGAGUGAGCGGGGACCAGGUGUAGGAAAGCCUGAUAAUCCUUUAACGCUAGUAAUUGAUGGUCAGUCAUUAAAACAUGCUUUAUCUCAUGAUCUAAAAAUGGAUUUCUUAGAACUAUGCAUGAGUUGCAAGUCUGUUAUAUGCUGUCGUGUAUCACCUAUGCAAAAAGCAGAAGUUGUAGAAUUAGUAACGCUAAAUACACGUCAAGUGACAUUAGCUAUUGGUGAUGGUGCAAAUGAUGUGGCAAUGAUACAAAAAGCACAUGUUGGCGUUGGUAUAUCGGGUGUUGAAGGAUUACAGGCUGCUUGCGCAUCUGAUUAUUCUAUAGCCCAAUUUAAGUUCCUGUUGAAAUUAUUGUUUGUCCAUGGCGCUUGGAAUUAUAAUAGAAUGUCAAAGUUGAUUUUGUAUAGUUUCUAUAAAAAUAUUUGCUUGUACAUCAUUGAGCUAUGGUUUGCAAUUUAUUCCGGAUGGUCUGGUCAAAUAAUUUUUGAAAGGUGGACAAUUGGAUUAUAUAAUGUUCUGUUUACUGCUGCUCCGCCUUUGGUAAUCGGUAUAUUUGACAUUGUAUGCACUGCAAACACAAGACUCAAGUUUCCUCAGCUUUAUUCACAGACUUUGGAUACAUUUAACGUACGGAUAUUUUGGAUAUGGGUGAUUAACGCUAUACUUCACUCAUUCCUAUUGUUCUGGAUUUGUAUGUUUGCAUUGAAACAUGAAGUUGUGUGGUCUAAUGGAAAAGAAGGCGGUUACUUACUAAUGGGAAAUUUUAUAUACACAUAUGUCGUCAUUGUUGUGUGUCUCAAAGCUGGCCUUCACAUACAGUCAUGGUCUUAUAUUGUACACACAGCUAUAUGGGGUUCAAUUGUUGCGUGGUUUGUGUUUCUGGUCAUCUACAGUCACGUUUGGCAGGUAUUCCCUAUUGGUUCUGUGUUUACUGGGAUGGAUGUUAUGGUAUUCUCGUCACCAAUUUUCUGGAUUUUAAUGCUUUUUUCAGUAACUGUUGUUAUGGGAUUGGAUUUAGCAGCUUUAUCAAUUCAAACAACUACCAAAAAGUCUCUGGUCCAAACAUUAAGAGAAAAUGAAUUACGAAAACCAAACACAAAUAAUGUUGUUAAUCCAAGACAUAGAACAAACGAAAAGGCACGUCUCCUUGAGAACGUAAAAAGUGUUUUCAAUUUCAAAUCUCGAUUACAAUCGACCACGGAAGUUGAAAUGAAUCAUGGUUUUGCUUUUUCACAAGAAGAAGGAGGUGCCGUCAGUCAGUCAGAUAUGAUACGCGUGUACAACACGUGCUCGCCAACUCCAGAAGUCGUAUAAAUGCUUGCGAACUGCCGCUAAACCACUGUUAGUUAUAAUAAUUUUAUACAUAUAAUACCGCGUGUCAAGCACUUUUAGUUUUACAAUCUGUUAGCUGGUCACUCAUAUUAUUAUUUUUAUUGUUGUUAAAUUCAUUAUUGUCUCUAUAAUUUUUGUUAUGAUGUUUAUUAUGAUUAUUUUUAUUAUUAUAAUUAUCAUCAUCAUCUCCAUCAUUAUCAUUAUUAUCAUAAAUGUAUUUUGAUAUUGAGCUCACCAUAAUGUUAUUUUAAUGUUAAAAACAUCAUAAUAUCUGCGUGAAAAUCCCAUUAAUUGAUAUUUGUUGAUAUUUGCUUAUCAUUAAAUCUCGAUUGUUCACUGAAUAAGUCAAAAACAAAGAUAGUAUAUACUACACUAGAUAAAACUUACUAAAUUAACAACUAACUUAUUUAAAUACAAAAUGAUUUAUAGCCUAUUAACUAUAAUAGUAGUUGUGCCUAUUGGUACAUAAAGGAUAAACAGUUAAUGGUGAAAUGGUGAAUGGGGAUCCCACCAUAUUUUGAUUUAUAGGUAAAUUGCAUUAUAAUAAAUACAUUUUAUAUUAUUUAUGUUUGUUUGCUAAUCAUGAAUAUAUUAGGAAAACGAUUAUAUUAAUUCUGAUAAUUUUUUUUUAUCUAGUGUAGUACCUACAGAAAUUUAUUAGUAAAAUAUUUACUCUCAUGGAAGACCUAAUCUAAUUAUUAGUUGAAGGUUUUUUUGUAGGUACAUUUUUAAUGGUGAAGACAGUACCUAAAUGUAGACUGUAAACUUAUUAUAUUAAAUGGACUGCAUAAUAUUUCGUAUUAAGUAUGUUAGUAUGUAUCUAGAAAAUGUGUAGUAUUUUUCAUUAGAUUGAAUUCCCAUACUCAAGGUAAACUGUCGUCGAAAAAAUUACGUGUUUUUAUUUUUUUUUUUUUUAACUAAUUUUUGAUCAAAUCAUAAUGAAGUUAAAAUUACCUUACAUAAAUAACGUAUUAUAGCAUACAAUAGAUUUAAUUAAAAUGUAUAUUAAUGUUUACAUUAAGUAUUUCUUAAAUUAUUAUUUCGUGGUAAUUCACCUAGCAAUAGUUUUAUGUCUUCCACACUUAAAGUUCGACAAUGACUAACAGAUAAAGAUGUGUGGUCUAUGAAUUAAUAGAUUUUUGAAUACAAAAAUAUAAUAUUAAGGUUAUUCGUAAUUUAUGUGUAAUAUAUUAUGUAUUAAACAGAACAACUCAACUGUAUCAAACAUGUUUCCACGUGAUGGACAUCGUUUUUUGCCUUUUAUAGCUGCUCUUAAAAUACUAAUAUAUCACAUAUUUUCGAAAAAUAUAUACAUACAACACUUUUUAUGAUGACGCCCGACUUGUUUCGUUCCUUAUGGUUGAGCUCAAUAUUUUAACAUUUUCUACAAUUGCGCGUAUGUGCAAUCGACGCGGGUGAUUUAGAGUGAUCAGCCGCUAGUAUAUCGGGACAAAUAUUUUUGUUUCUUUCCGAUUUUCUACAGUCACAUUUCAGUUAAUUAUAAUGUAUUUAGUAAAUAAGUCUAGUUCAUAAUUUAUGAUAUCAGUUUCGAUUUGAUUUAAUCAUCGUUAUUAUUAUUGUUUACGAUCAACUUGACGACCUUUAAAACCUCAGACCAGCCGAAACAAAUCGUACAAAAUUCGCUAACUCGACACUUGUCCUCGUGGGUAGUUAUGGGUGUGUAGAAGAAUUAAGAUGAUAGUAGAGUCGUCGAACCGUAUCGUCUCCAAAUGUUCGAGACUGCGUGGCAGGGCACACAAUCAAUCAUCGGAAAGUUAGAAACCGACCUUCAGUGUUGUUGGCAAGCAUUCCUUUGAGGCUUUGACUCACGGACGCGAGUCUGUCAUUUAUCCUGUCUAGAAUGAGACUAGUCAAUGAUAUUUUUUAUACGUGCCUAUAACUAUAAUAUGUUUAUACCUAAUUUGCUACACUUAUUAUUGUGCAUUUACCGCAUAGGUUCUAUUGCGCACGUGUGUGACAAUACUUUGACAUUCAAUAUAUUAAUCGUAUGUUUAUUCCCAUCACUCUUUUGUACAUAAACAAUAUUUUUCAUGUAAAUAUACCAUUUACACAUUAAAAUAUGUAUGUGUGUACAAAUUUCUGGACUUGAACACGUCAUAAACUUGAACGCGUAUGUCUUAUAUAAUAAUACAAUACGCGGAUGGUCUCGGUCACGUAUUUUAUAAUAAACUGAUAAUAUUGUGCGGCCGUUGUCCAUUUUUAGUUUGCGUCGAUGUUAUGUUUAUCUUCUGCAAUUUUACAAUCCAAAAUUCUACAAAAUUCAAUACAAUUUGGCAGUUAUAUUCUUGACUAACUGAUCGGUUAUGUUAUACGAGUAUAAUAAUAUAUCGAUUACAGGGUGACGGCUGACCAUGAUUUUUACGACACGAAGUCCAUGUAUCAUGUCUGUUAGACCUUGGAAAAAACGCCAGUGAAAAUUGUGCUUACCGUACAAUUGACCGCAGUUGGUACAUUUUCUUUUAAAUGUUCACUUCAGACACUACAUUUUUUUAUAAUUCGUUUGAGUGGAUAUAGUGGGACAUACGCGUUCCGCGUUUUCCGAUCAGCAUAGAGGUACGUAAGGUACCUAUCUAAUCUAAUAUUCUAAUAAUAUAUUGUAUUGUACACCUGUUAAAUUAAGGAGGUAAACGAUGACUGAUAGGGCGCGUUCGUUAUUUUUUUAUUGUUUAUUUAUUUUUUAACGUCAAAUCGAUUAAGCGAAUACCUUAUGAUAAUAUAUAUAUAUAUAUAAAAGUAUAUUAUCGUACUAUCGUAUAAUUCAGUACCUAAUGAUUGGUAUUUGUUAAUAAAUGUGUAUUUAUAAUUAUUAUUAAACACCAAUGUGAUAGAUAUUAUUGCUAAACUGAUUUGUGAAAUCAUUAACGAUUUAGUAAAAAUACACGAGUUUUAUUUCCAUCACAACUAUUAAGUACCUAUUAAUUAUAUAUUGUCUUGUGUGUGUAUCUCGUGUGUUAACUGAAAGAUCGGGACAUACCACCUAAUAAAAUUAAAUAGUUUUAAAGCUAAAUAUACCUAUAUAUAUAUUUUAAUAUUACAAAAUAUAUUUACUUUAUACCGUAGUAAUAACAUAUUAUUUAUACAAAAUGCUGUUUUUAGAUAAAUAUAAAUGUCAAUUUCUAUGUA